AUGGUCACUCACACUGGACGAGACAACGCCUGUGGGUUCUGGACAUGCAGGCCAGAUUUCCUGCAACCGUGUGCCAAAAUUGGCGUCUUCUCGGCUUUCUACAGCAUUGCUGCUCUGGUCAGCUCCACACUUAACUCGUACGUCAAUUCACAAGUAACCACACUUGAGAAACAGUUUGGCUUUAACUCGCACCAAAGUGGCAUUAUCAUGGCCGCAAACGAUAUGGGGUACCUGGUCUGUGUCUUGUUCGUCGGAUACGUGGCCUCCAGGAGCCACAUACCCAAAUCUUUAGGUGUUGCCACAAUCACGUUUGGACUAUCUGGCCUCAUCUGCUCACUUCCCCAUUUCCUGUUUGGAGCUACUGUUAACGCCAACCCGGCGGGCGAUUACGACAACGUCACUGCAACUUUGGAGGCCGCCCGCAAACAAGUGGCCACAUCUGGGCGAAUGUGUGAUCAGUUGAACAACACCUAUGACUUCUGUGAAAGUGGCGCAGCCUCAAAAUCCGAUCUAACCAAAGCCGUCUCUCAGGAAAGAAUAGCACUGGCAUCUUUCUACAUCAUCGUCAUCGGAAUGGCCAUUCAGGGUUUCGCUAAAGCUCCCAGGUUGUCCUUUGUGGUCACGUUUGUUGAUGACAAUACAGCCAAGGCCAACACUGGCUUUUACGUGGGUAUUAUAACAGCUGUUGGAGUCCUUGGACCAGCAUGUGCCUACCUGAUGGGUGGACUUUUUAGCCGGAUGUAUGUCACACUACAAGCCACAACACUAACCCCAGGACAUCGAAGAUGGAUCGGGGCCUGGUGGCUGGGCUAUGUAGUCUUUGGUUCUUUGGCUCUCGUCAUUUCACUUCCGCUCUUCUGGUUCCCCCGCAAGCUGCCACAGAACAAAGACAAAACAAGUCACCAGGAGGAUUUAAAAAUAGACGGAAACUCGGUCAAGAAAGCUCUGACACAAAAUGGUACAGACUCCAACCCGGGAACACACAAAAUUAUUGCUACAUCUGAGAACCAGCACAAGUCUUCCAUCAAGCGACCUAAUGUAAAGUUUAUGCUGCGGCAUUCAAGAGAUUUCCUGGCUUCCUUGUACCGCCUGCUGACCAACCCGGUCUACGUGCUGAUGGUCAUCUCCUCGUGUUUCAACAUCUUCACCGUGGCCGGCAGUGUCUCCUUCACGCCCAAGUACCUGGAGAGGAUGUUUCACCUGCCGGCUUAUAAGGCCAACUAUAUCAUGGCUGCACAGACUCUAUGCACGUCAUCUAUCGGAUCUUUCAUCGGCGGUUACGUGUCCAAGAGAAUGAAGAUGACAGCGAUGAAAGGGAUCAAGUUCUGCACGGUCCUUGUGGCCGCUGGUUUCAUCUGUCAGGUGAUUGCCUUCUUCCUGAAAUGUGACCAGCCGGAGGUACACAACUGGCCGAG